AUGGUUGAGAGCGACAUUCUGCCCAAGUCUCAACGAGAGGAGAUCUUCAAGAAGCUAAGCAGUCUUCAGGCUAACAAGACAUGCUUUGACUGUCCCGCCAACAAUGCCACUUGGUCGUCGGUCACCUUCGGUGUGUUCAUCUGCUAUGACUGCUCGUCGGUGCACCGAAACCUCGGAGUGCACGUGUCGUUCGUACGAUCCACUACCAUGGACGAGUGGUCCUACAAGCAGCUCCGAAACAUGAAGUGUGGAGGUAACCAGAACGCACGGGAAUACUUUGCCAAGCACGGAGGCUCCCAGUACCUCGAGAACGCUGGUCGAGCCCAGGAAAAGUAUACUUCCAAGACCGCCAAGGCUUACCUGACUCAUCUGGCCCAAAAGUGCGCCAAGGACGCAGCCCAGUUCCCCGACGAGAUUGUGGUUGAGACUGCAGAUGACGACGCCGCCAGCAUCAAGUCUGCCUCCACCGACGACUUCUUUGCCAACUGGGACAAGCCCCUGGUCAAGAAGCCCACCCCUACAUCUUCGCGGUCUUCCACCCCUGCUCUUGGCGCCUCCACUGCCAGCUUGCCCGGUAUCCGAAACGGAAACAACGGCUCCACUUCUUCGCUGAACAACCCCACCAAGAAGGUGACCCCUACCGCCACCCGGACCAAGAUUACCUCGAAGGCCGGAGGUGCCGCUGGCAAGAAGAGCAUUCUGUCUUCCAAGAAGACCAAACCUAAGAAGGCUCCCGCCGAGUCGUUUGAUUUCGAGGAAGCCGAACGACUGGCCAAGGAGGAGGAAAAGAAUAAGGAGGCCCUGGGUCUUGGCAACGACGAUGAUGCUGAGGACGACGUGUUCGGCAAGAGCACCGUUGUUUCCGAGCCCACUCACACCGCCGCUCCCUCCGGCUCGUUUGGCGGCCCCGCAGACUACCCCCCCACUUACUCUAACGAACCCAUCAAGCUGGUCCCCACUAACACUAAGGAGGUCGAGCAGAAGUUCCAGAAGCUCGGCUUUGGUAUGGUUGCCGGUGAGAACAAGCUGGAGUCGACCAAGAAGAAGUCUACCUAUGUCCCUCCGGAUAAGGAAACUGCCGAGACACUCAACAAGUUCAAGACAUCCAAGGGUAUUUCGUCAGACCAGUUCUUUGGCCGGUCCGAUUACGACCCUGCUGCCCAGAAGGAGGCGAAGGAGCGUCUUCAGACGUACUCCGGCUCCAAGGCCAUUUCGUCGUCAUCCUACUUUGGCCGAGACGAGGAGGAGGAGCAGGCUAUGGUGAACCACUCGAGCGAUCUGGAGCGAAUGGCUGCAGAUCUCGCUGAGCGGGUCAAGAACGUGGCCGGAGAGGAUUUUGGAGGUCUGAAGGACGCUUUUGAGCAGGGUGGAAAAAAGGUGGGCGAUUUCAUGAGGGAGUACAUGAGAUAA